AUGGCCUCCCCGAUCUUUGCUGAAUGCGCCAUCGCGUUUGUUUCGAGCAGUUCACUGACUCUGAAAGUAAUUGCUGAGCUAUCAACUAUUUUGGAGGAACAUGGUGCUACCAUCUGCGAACCCCGACGCGACGGCUCGCUGCCUAUCGAAAAAGUCACACACAUCGUUUCUAACACAAUCGACUUCCCUCAAUUUACCGAAUCGCAAGCCAUCAUGAUCCCCGUUGUGACAACUCAAUGGGUUCUCACAUCGAUGGCUCGUCGGAAGCAGGCGCAGAUUAGGCCAUUUUCACCCGAUCCUAGAAUGAUCUUCUCGGAGGUUGUGGUAACGUGCGCAGAUUUGCCAGAGACGGAUAAAGAGAGCAUUGCUGGAGCUACCAUGGCUUUAGGUGGACAAGAGUCCAAGGAUGUGAACCGAACGACUACACAUAUCUGCGCGCUAUCAAUGGAGCAUCCGAAGGUCACAGUUGCACUGAAUAAGGGAUGGAAGGGCAAAGUUGUUUUGCCUCACUGGUUUGACGACUGCUUCAAGCUUGGAAAACGUAUCGACGAAAGACCAUAUUUACUGCCCAACCCCGAAAUUCUUAAGAAGGCACCUGAAGACGAGCUCAAGAUUCCAGCCAACGAGAACCUAGCGGGAGCCACAUCACCUGUACCGACAACUCUACCCUUGCCUCCCGAUGGAGAUGUUGUUCGCCCGCCCGUUACUGUCUUUCAGGACCACAGCGUGAUGCUUUGUAAAGAUUUGAGCAUCACCGAUAGAUUGACAAAGGUUGUCCAAGAGAUUAUCGUCAAUGGAGGUGGGAAAAUGGUGGAAUCGGUCGAAGACUGCGACAUGUUUAUCUGCCAAUAUCGCGAUGGCCCCGAGUAUAUUCAAGCCUCCCAGGCCUGCAAACAGGUUGGAAAUCUGGCAUGGCUCUACUGGCUAAUUGUCCACAACGAAUGGGCGUCACCUCUCCGCCGACUACUACAUUAUCCCAUCCCCAAGGCUCCCAUCGAAGCAUUUGAGGGACUCCGCAUCACAGUAUCAAACUACGGAGGUGAAGCACGAACCUAUCUCGAAAACCUCAUUAAGGCCUCAGGCGCCGAAUUCACCAAGACAAUGAAGUCAGAAAACACCCACCUCAUUACAGCGCGCGACACUAGCGAAAAGUGCAAAGCUGCUCCUGAAUGGGGGAUUGCUGUUCUUAACCAUCUCUGGAUUGAGGAGAGUUAUGCCAAGUGUAAGAUGCAACCAGUCAACACUAAGAAGUAUAAUCAUUUUCCUCCGCGCACUAAUCUUGGCGAGAUAAUCGGUCAAACGUUCCUUGAGGAAUCAAGAUUACGAGAGUCGUACUAUCCCGGAGGUGAACAAAAGUUGUCCCCACAAGCGAAGAGGAAGCGGAAGGUUCUUGAAAUAGCAGAAGAAAACGCAUAUCCACGAGGGCCUGCAGAAGGUGUCGUUGUUGGCAAGGUCGCCAGUGAAGAUACUGAGAUGAGUGAUUCCCACGACGGCGAGAAAAAGAAGUCUGCGAAGAAGGCCACUAAAACCGCCGGUGCGGUGGCCACACCCAUACGUUCCCGUCAUGCCGGCAAGGAGAACGACACGCCUUCGGUGGUCUCUACAGGAGGUCGUAGUGCCAAGGCGAAGGCCCAAGCACUUCUGCAUGGCUUGAGUGGCGACAUUGCGCUUUACGAAAAGGAAAAGAAACGACACGCGAAAGGAGGCACGGCGAUCUGGGGUGGCAAACGUGCUGCUGACCAGGUAGAGAAGUCUAGCACAAAGGGAAAGCCAAGUGCUACUCCUGAAGAAGCUGAGGAAGAUGAUGCUACAGCCAAGCGACCCACAAAGAAGACAAAGCCAACACUUCCAGAUGUUGAGAUGCGCAUUAUCUUGACAGGUUUCACUCGAUGGGUCGGGGAUAAGAAUAAGGAAGAUCAAGACCGGAGAAAACUACGAGACUUGGGAAUCCAGAUCGUUCAGGAGAACCAGCCAUGUGACUACUUGGCAGCCCCUGCCGUCGUCCGCACUGUCAAGUUCUUGAGCGCCCUUGCACGUGGUCCAACCAUCAUUUCUUCCACGUUUAUCGACCAAACUCUGGAGACGGGUAGUGUGCCCGACGUGGAAGAUUUUAUCCUCAAAGACGAGGAAGCAGAAACACGAUACAAUGUUGACCUCAACACAUCGGUCGCCCGCGCCAAGGCAAACAAAUGCAAGCUACUCGUUGGCGUACCGAUCUAUUGUACGGAAAAGAUCCGCAACGGGUCAGACAGCUACAAGGCCAUCGCCGAGGCAAACGGGGCAAUUUUCAAGCUCUAUCGGGCGCGUAGCGGAACAACAAUCCGUCCUACAACAGCAGAGGAGGAGGGCAACGCACCGCCCGAGCCUGUCUAUCUCCUCAGCAGUGCAGGUGCCGAGGAGAAACCGCUGUGGAAUAGGUUUCGGGAGAUGGCGCGCAAGGGUAACAUGGAACCUCGAGUUGUUGCCCCUGACUGGUUGCUGGAUGUCGCAAUGGCUCAACAAGUGCGAUUUGACGAGAAGUUUUUGGUGGAGAAAUACUACUCUGGAUAG